AUGAGUACGGGGAAGAAAGUGCUGGACCCUUUAGUAGAAUGUCCCGAGGCAUCAGAUUUUAUUGAUCAUUAUGAUAAAGAAAAAGACGCAUGUGGACCGUCAUUAGAAGCGUCCACUUCAGGUUUAAUGGAGUCCUAUCAAACAGCAACCAGAAACAAAACAAACGAACAGCUGAGCAAACGACGUCGAACGGGAUCACGCCUGAGUCUCGCAAGUUUGUUUAGUUUCUCGUCACAAGGUCGCGACAAAGAAGUCCAAAGAGAACGAUCUCGUUCUGGAUAUUCAUACGAAGGUGACAGAUCAGAAGUUUUUUCUUCUGUGUCUGUUAGUGACUUACGCUCAACAGGUUGCUGCACAGAUACUCGACGUAAUCGAAAUAGUGACGGAGAACCGUGUUUGAUACCACCUAAUGAAGAUUAUGAAACAUUAUUAGCUUUUGAUAUGGAAGAAGAGGAUGAUGCUGUUUUCAAAAAGCCGGGAAAUAUUCGGCUUAGAGAAUGUCCUUUAUGCUGUAUGAAACAACCUUCUUGUAAUUUCCCUAAGCUUCUUGGUUGUUCCCAUAGGAGUUGCCGUCUUUGCCUUAUGCAGUAUGUUGAACUGGAAAUCACCGAGAAUCGUGUUGAAGUCUCCUGCCCCGAAUGCCCAAAUCACUUACACCCUACUGAUAUUCAACGCCUAGUUGGUAAAAGAGCAGGUUUAAUCGAGAAGUAUGAGAAGUUUUCACUUCGACGCUAUUUACUCUCUGAACCUGAUGCUCGAUGGUGUCCUGCUCCCGAUUGCGGAUUUGCUGUUAUUGCAUCUUCAUGUGCCGCUUGUCCUCAACUGAAAUGCUUGAGAGAAUCUUGUGGAGCCUUGUUUUGCUACCAUUGCAAGAGUGCAUGGCAUGCUAACCAAACAUGUGACGAAGCCAGAAGAGCUCGCGGCGUUGUUCCCACCAUUCGCUCAGUUGUAACUCGAAGAGUAACUGAUGUAUCGGGAGAAAUUCAUUAUAAGCGAAAUGAAUUGGUUGGAGAUAUCAAAGGUUGUCCUCGUUGUCAUACUUACAUUGUUAAAAUGGAUGAUGGGUCUUGUAAUCAUAUGGUCUGCGCCAUGUGUUCAGCAGAAUUCUGCUGGUUGUGCCUUAAAGAAAUUAGUGAUCUACAUUACCUCAGCCCCACGGGAUGUACAUUUUGGGGCAAGAAGCCAUGGACUAGAAAAAAGAAGCUUCUAUGGCAAGUUGGAACUCUAAUUGGAGCUCCUCUUGGUAUUGCUUUAAUUGCGGGUCUUUCUAUUCCUGGUAUCAUCUUUGGCGUUCCCGUUUUUGUAGGAAGGAAAGUUCAUCAACGAUUUCUACACCGCUCGAAAUUACGAAGAAGAACUCUGACAGCCACUUGUGUUGCCGGAUCUUUAGUAGUUUCCCCUGUGCUUGCUGUUAUGGCAGUCGGCGUGGGUGUUCCAAUUAUGUUAGCUUAUGUAUACGGCGUUGUUCCAUUGUCUUUAUGCAGAAGCGGAGGAUGCGGGUUAUCAGACUCUACUAAUACUUUCAACGCUGACUUGUUAGACGAAGAAACUGAUUUAUGGAAAGAUACAACCGAAGAAUUACGUCAACAAACAUACGUGGUCGACCGCCUUGAUGACAAUAACUCAAUUGCUCCUGGUCUUUCAUUACAAAGUGCAUUAUUAUCUAGUAACCAAGUGCGAUUAAUUGUACAUAAUAAUAACAAAAGAACACGAAGUCCUAGCAUGUCUUCUUCCGUCUCCGGAAGAUUGAGCCCCGAUGCUCGAGUGAAUUAUGAAGAAGCUAGUACGAAAGCAUUGGCAGGAAGCCAAUAUCAUUUCCAUUAUGAUGAUAAGAGUGUUAACACCAUCUAUUCUGGUCAUGAAGCCAAUUCAUAUAAUGAUGAAGUUGCUAGUACCAAAGCAUUAGCUGGAUCUGUCCAUGAUUCGAAGAGCUUAAGUGAAAGUUGUCAUAGACAAAGAAUCGAGGAUAAUGAAGAUGUAUCAGUUCCACACUGUGCUUCCUCUUCCAACUCCUCUGAAUGCACUAGAAUUCAAAUCGAUGAUCCCGUUCCAUCCACAUCGUCAAUUCGUCGUCGCGUGGAGGGGAGGAAAGUGGUGAAAACAACUGCUAAUGUACAUCCUAUCCCAACAUCUCCAGUUGUUGAAGAUGAAGAGUUGAUCGAGAGUGCUGAAGAUACUCCCCCUUAUAGUCUAGGUGUAACUACCAAUCAAUCACAACCUGGACCUUCACACAUGGAUAUGUUGAAAGAAGAGCCUGAUCCGUUCAAGAUCCGCACCCUUCUUGAUAAUAUGAAGCAAAUGGUUGCUGUUGAUGCUCCAACAGAAAGACCUUAUGAACCCGCACGCUCUGUACACUCUUCCAAAUUCCGAAGCUCUGGCUCUGGUCGGAGCUUGGCAACUGUGGCAACUUAUUCCAGUGCUCAUGAUUCUCAAUUCACUCGGUCCGAGACCACUUCCGUAUCUCAUGUCCGUCCUAAAAGGAACUUUUUUCAAAAUAUUUUCACUAGGAAAGCUGAUCUGAAUCUAUCAUCCUACGAUGGCUUAGAUUCUAUAGAGAAACAGCAAUGCUCACGUUGCAAACGAAAUCGAAUGUAUUUUUGUUAUGAUUGUAGAGAAAGUCUUCCUGGUGUGUUUUCUCCUUCUGUAACGCUUCCUUGUGAUGUUGAUAUCAUUAAGCAUCCUAUGGAGAAGAAUUCCAAAAGUAGUGCGUUGCACUGCAAGAUUGUUGCUCCUAGCCAGACUCGGGUCUUUGAUUGGCCAAAAGUUUUUGAUUACCGAGCUGAAGAAGAUGAUGGAAAAGGUGCAACGGUCUUGGUGUUCCCUUCAAAGGACGCUGUUUCCAUUGAUAAAUUUGUGAAAGAAAAAGGUCCAAUUAAACGGAUUGUAGUUCUCGACUGUACUUGGUUUCAAGUUACUCAAAUGAAUAGAACACCAGAAAUACAAGGCCUACCGUGCGUUUCCCUCAGCAGUUACAAAACGGCUUUCUGGCGUCCUCAGCAUAACUAUAAUGAGACGUUUUUGGCAACCAUUGAAGCAAUAUACUAUGCCCUUAGGGAGGUGAAUGAUAUACAGAUAGGACCAUAUGACAAAUCUUUCGACGAUCUUCUUUUCUGGUUCUUUUAUACGAAGAGGAAAGUUUUAUGCAAAAAAGAAGAAUACGAAAGAAGAAAGGAAGGAAACCAGGAGAAAGAAAAAGAGAAUUAG